UUAAGGAGAUAUUAAGCGAAAACCCUGACCAAUCAGAGCGCGCGGAUACCGUUGGAGCGGCCGCGGUAGCGAAGGCUACGCGCUGAGCGGCCGCGUCAAUAUCCUUCGAUGCACGUCGAGUCACUUGUUCGCGUACGAGAGCGGCUACCUAGCGCGUAGCCAUCGCUAUCGCGGCCGCUCCAACGGCAUACGCGCGCUCUGAUUGGUCAGUGUUUUCCGUUAAUAUCUCCUCAACGAAGCCUCGGACAACAAUGUCGCUAAGGAAAAAGUUGUUUCAAAUCACCCUCUGAACCACCCUUUUCAAGGACCUCCAACAUUUUUGGGACACCCUGUAUAUAAAUUGCCUUGCAUAUAAAAAUCUAAAUUUAUACACAAGUAAAAAUGCAACAUAUGCGGUAUGUGCAUGCGUUUGUGAUUCCUAGGAAGUAAUUUAAAAGCGAAAUAAUUCCUUUUUAGUCUUUUAGAAAUUCGUGGAUGCGACGAUUCAUGACGAAAAUAAUCCUCAAAUGCUUCCAGAAAAUCGAUCCAAGACUAGUCAAAAUAUCGUAAUGAAGUUAGAGGGAAAAAAGGAUAAACGUACGGCGCAGAGUCUCUAUUGGGCAAGCUUUCCGAUACAUUAUCUCGGUAAACUGUGGGGCCUGAUUCCAGUCAGAUUCGUCACAAACGCUGCACCAGGAAGAUGCCAGGCUCGCUUAAGCACCAUUGACCUUAUCUACAGCUUGUGCGUGCUACUAUUGCUCCUCGGUUUGCAAAUUUGCGGGCUUUGGCGAGAUCUUAAGAACGGAUGGCAGCACAGCACCAGAUUGAGGUCCCGGCAAACGGUGAUCGCGACGUGCAGUGACGUUCUUGGAGUGAUGAGUCUAACCGUGGUCUGCAUCGUUGGCUCGCCUUUUCGCUGGAGAUACCUGCAAGCCGUCAUAAACAAGUUAAUCGAGGUGGACGAAAAAGUUGAUGAGUCGUCGACGAAGAAGUCCCGGAGGUUCACGAUCUAUUUAACGGUGUGCAGUCUUACGUAUCUGUGGUUCAACUCGAUUCUUGAUUUUUAUUCCUGGCAUCGCAAAACGAAAGGGAUGACAGACCUCAAAACGAUACCGGACAAAGGUCCAAUUAACUAUAUGCCCCUCUAUCUUAUGUACACCGUGAUCAUUUUAACGGAGAUUCAAUAUACCGUUUCGACGUACAACGUGGAGCUGAGAUUUAUCAGCCUGAACAACAGCAUCAAGAAGCUAUUCGAAGGCGGAAGCGCAGCCGAUUACUUAAAAAAAUGUGUUCUUGAAACAACAGGACAAACGCAUCUCUUUGGCCAAUCAUAUGCCGGUUAUGCAACGGUAGCAAUAGUUGGUGAUACUCGCAAACAAUCAUCAAGCACCGUGUCGCGCAGACAGUUCGAAUUGGCCAGCUAUCGAAACUUUCGGAAUUUAAACGAGAAUGAAACUUACGUAAACAGUAUAUCGGAGCUGAUCACGGUACAUUCGUCUCUCUGCGACGCAGUUUCUCUUAUAAACAGUGCGUACGGCGUUGUGAUACUGGCCGUUACCGUAACGUGUCUGUUACACCUAGUCAUCACGCCAUAUUUCUUGAUCUUACAAGUAGACGAAAACCACGAAUGGAUAUAUCUGUUGGUACAAUGUAUGUGGUGUAUCUUUCACGUAACCAGAAUGCUGAUAAUCGUUCAACCUAGCUAUUCCACAGUUGCAGAGGGUAAGAAAACGGCGGUUCUCGUUAGUCGGUUACUUUCCUCCAGCUUCGAAGUGGACAGUCGACAACAGUUGGAAAUAUUUUCUCUUCAAUUACUGCAUCGACCUCUUGAAUUUUCAGCAUGCGGACUCUUCUCUUUGGACCGAACACUGAUAACGUCGAUCGCGGGGGUGGUGACAACAUAUCUCGUCAUACUAAUACAGUUCAAAAACGCGGACGAUACGAUGGGUGAAGUGGAUAGAAUAAGAAAUGCGACACAAAUACUCAAGUCUGCAUCGUCGCUCCAGAAUUUAACAGGAUUUAAGUCCAUCAUAUAA